CAGUCCUCUCCUCACACUGACAGCGUGCGACAUCUACACUGAUCAUCAGGGCCACCUGUCAGUGCCCAUCAAUGCCACAUACCAGUGCCCAUCAGUGCACAUCAAUGCCACAUAUCAGUACCUACCAGUGCACAUCAAUUCCACAUAUCAGUGCCCAUCAGAGCUGUCUUUCAGUGCGAACUAUAAGUGCCAGUCAGUGCAACCUAUCAGUGACGCCAAUCAGUGCCUCCUAUCAGUGCCACCUAACA